UUUUCACUCCUCAAUGAGUUAUUUUCACGCCGAUUUGGGGGUUACAGACUCCUUUAUUUUUUUUGAGGAGUCAUAUAAUUAUAAUUAAUGAUUUAUUCCAGGAAGCCAGAUGUCCUCAAAACAAGAUCCCUUUGCAGAUUUAGAGUACUUUAACAAAACGGAUGCAAAGGAUAUCACAUGGGCUCACGCUGUAAAUAGUAAAGCUAAACUUAAUGAAUUCUUAGAGACGGAUAUUUUAAUGUUUGAAGGCGAUGUACUUAUGAGAUACAACAGGAAUGAUACAGAUCCUAUUAUGGCACAUCCACCUGCAAAUGACAGCGACUUAACUUUGCAGAUAUUUCUCAAGUCUCUCAAGCCAACAAGAAAAGGAAUUAAACUGGAUUUUAAGACUAUAAUGGCCGUAGCUCCAGCAAUGCUGUUAUUAAAGUCAGUUUACGAUACAACAGACAAACCAUUGUGGUUAAACGCAGACAUCUUAAAAGGGCCUGGAUCUAACUCAGGAUCGAAUCCCCCAGUGGAUGCUAAUGAUUUCAUCACAACAUGUACAAAUACGUAUCCAGAUGCAACUUUAUCUCUCGGCUGGACUACUGGAUGGUAUGAAGGUAUUUCAAAUGCAGGUUAUACUCAAGAUAUGGUCGAUGAAAUGGAAAGGAUCUGUCGAAAUACAACACAAAUAAUCACAUUUCCUAUACGUGCGAUAUAUGUGCGACAAUCCUGGGUACCGCUCAAAUGGCUACUAGAUACCAGUUCCCGCUACACACUCACAAUUUGGUCUGCUGUUGAUGACAAUGUUAAAGUCGAGGACUUAGUCUGGUUAACAAAACAGAUUGAUAAACGACGUCUUUAUUUGGAUCUGCCACCAGAAUUGGAUGAUGCUUUUCGUAAAGCAUUGGCAAGCAAAGGAGUAGUUGUCAGCAGUUUAGGUUCUACAGCAAGUUUAAUGUUCGCCUCCUUAGUUUCACUUAUUGUCAAAUACCAGUUUUAAAUAUUACAGUAUAUGUUGGGAAAAUGUGUAGCAAGUCUGAUUUGCAAUUUGAUUAAGGGUUCAAAAUUGAAAACACUACAAAAUGACCAUAACGGAUUUCAUUGAUGGUUGAUAUAUUAUUGGGAUAAUAAAUAUUAUAUUAAAUAUCACAUGGUUAAAUAAUUAUAAAACUUAUCUACAUAUUAAAUAAGCUGAUCUACGAAACUGUAUAGUUCAAUUUAAUAUGCAGCUCCAGCGAGGGGAGAGCGAUGGUUCAAAAUACUUGUGGUGUGUUUGGAUAUUGGUAUAUGGGAUGAAUAGUGAUUUACCUCUUAAAAGGGUAGGCAGCCCCGCAAUAUUUGGGAAAUAAGCAUGCCAUAGAUUGUGCGUAUCGUUAUCACUACAAUCCAUCGCUAAAAUUCCUCUGUUUUGACCAGCAAAUCGUGCGGAUUCUGCAAAUACCGUUUUACAAACUUAAUGAUUUCUUUAGCGUUGAUACUUCCUAACAAUUUAGGGAUAUUUUUAGCACUAUCCAUACUCUCUACACUGGGUAAAAAUGCAGCUUCAUGAUGAUCGGUCAUUCUGACGAUACAGAGUCGUGGGUAAUGAUAUAAUGGAGGUAUAUAUUCCAAGUCUGAUGAGCCUAAAAAGAGAGAUAUAUACCAUAUUUUAGUUGCAUUUCCUUCAGGUUCUUCCUAGUUUAGAGCUACCUUUCUCUCCAUUAAAGUACCCUGACUCUCACAUUCAGCACAAUCCUUCUGGAUACUGAAAGCUUCCCAAUUAGCCUCUCGUACUUGUCUAAUGUAGCCUCUCUGGUAUCACUACAUGCUGUCAUGAUCUAUAUUUCGAGCUUAUUUCUUUGCUCCUUUACCAUAAACUGAAGUUGCCGACAUUACUUACUGAGUCUUCAUACCCUAGUGCCAGUCUCUCUCUUUGCCGUUGAUAAUUGCUAUAUGGGUUAUACCUAAGCAUAUACAUACAUACAUACAUACAUACAAAACUUUAUUUAACAGUGCCUUUUUUAACUAUAUAUCUGGGGGGGGGGGCAAUUGCCCCCCAGGGAAAGAAUUUCCCCCCCCCCCCAGUAAAGCCAUUUCUGCCCCCGAAGUGCGAAGCAGAAUUGCUCAUGAUUGCUGUCAGAAUUGCAG